AUGACAAUAUGUGUUUGGUGCUGGCAUCAAAUAGUGGACAUGGCAGAGAAAGAUCAAGUAGAAGGGCGUUGUCCAGCCUGCCGCACUCCAUAUGACAAAGAAAAGAUUGUAGGGAUGACUGUGAAUUGCGACAGCCUUGCUUCUGAAGGCAAGAAGACUCAAAAGUCAAAAUCAAAACCGUUUGAGGGGAGAAAACAACUCACCAGUGUGCGAGUCAUCCAAAGGAAUCUUGUUUACAUUGUCGGGUUGCCCCUUGAACUAGCAGAUGAAGAUCUACUUCAUCAUAAAGAAUAUUUCGGCCAGUAUGGAAAAGUUCUAAAGGUUUCCAUGUCUCGAGCAGCAUCUGGUGUCAUCCAACAAUUCCCAAACAAUACAUGCAGUGUAUAUAUUACUUAUGCAAAAGAGGAAGAGGCUGUUCGCUGCAUUCAGGCUGUUCAUGGGUUUAUCUUGGAUGGUAAAGCACUGAAGGCAUGUUUUGGGACAACCAAGUAUUGUCAUGCAUGGCUGAGGAAUGUGGCAUGCAUCAAUCCUGAUUGUCUCUAUUUGCACGAGGUUGGUUCUCAAGAUGAUAGUUUCACAAAAGAUGAGAGCAUAUCAGCCUGUACAAGGAGUCGAGUUCUACAAAUCACUGGAGCAACAUAUAUUCUGCAGCAACGGUCAGGGAGUAUGCUACCUCCACCACUGGAUGCUUAUUGCAGUGACAGUUCUUCCGCAAAACCGAUUGUAAAAGUUCCUUCAAGUAAUGCAGCAACUGCUCCCAGGUAUUCUCCACCUAGUGGGAGUGGGAGCUCUAGUAGAUCCACUGCUCUUCCUGCUGCAGCGGGGACACAUAUUGCAAACCAGCAGCCUUUAGCAACUUCGGUUACCUCAAAUAUACAAAGAUCAACUUCAGUAAAUGGAACCUUGGCCUUUUCUGCUGUUGUUGCAAACGCAGCUAAUGGGCCUGUAUCCUCUAAUGACAUUCUUAAAGGACCAUCUCGCAAAGAGGAAAGCCAGAUAGUUGUUGACAAAAGCAAACCUACCGUGGUGAAGCCUUUGCAGCGUAACGUUGUGGUUGAUUCUGGAUCCAAGAGAGCUACGUCACCUGAUGAGGAUUUUACUAGCAAUCGGUUAUCCAGUUCGAUGGACUCUCCCUACAAUGGCAGAGAUAUUGAUAAGCCUUCAGUUACUGUGAACUCGUUUGACGAUUCAAAUGAAGCUGUAGAAGAUGGCCCUGCUGUAAGCAACUUAUCUGUAGGUGUUUCACGAAUGGGGAUAACUACGAAUUCGUGGGAUGAACGUCCUGAUGAUAUUCCAGGUCCUAUUAGACAACCUGAUGAUGAUGUAUCAAAGCUGCAACGUUUGGAGCAAUGUAGGUUGGAUAGCUCUAUAAACACUGAUAAUAAAGCUACUCCAUCAGAGAAUGGAGUCCCCUUCACAAGGCCAGAGUGGGAUUGGAGAUCAGAUUUGCAAUCGCAGAUGCAAGUUAGCCCAAAAUUGGAAGUGGAGGAUAUAUCAUCAUUAGAUAGCCAACGGCAUCACCCUGAAGAGAAUAUUACCAACUCGCGGUUUUUUUCUAAUUCUUCAAGUUCCAUUUCGGAUUCAAAUCAUUUGGCUUCUCGUUCUUCCCUACCUUGUGAGCUUUCAGGCGUGAAUGAUUCAAAUUCGAGGUUCUGUUUGGAUAGAGGCAGCGACAGAUUGCAUAUUCCUAAUGGAUUUGGUGAGAAACCCGUGGCCAAUAUGGAGCACUCUCUGUUGUUUGCUAAUGAAGGCAGGAACAAAGUUCGCAAAGCAGAGGAUGAAUUAAUCUCAAACAUUUUGUCACUCGACUUUGAUCCGUGGGAUGAAUCCUUUACUUCACCCCACAAUCUGGCAGAGUUACUUGGUGAAGUUGAUCAGCGAUCUAAUACUCUUAAACCUUCAAACCUCCUAAAGCAACAUAACAGCCAGUCCAGAUUUUCUUUUGCACGGUAUGAAGAAUCAGGUAAUCAAGCAUUUGAUAGGGAGAACCAUGGCAUAUAUGGGCCGUUUUCAAGAGAUCAGCCUAUCCCGGAGUCUGUUGUCAGUCAAACUAUCUAUAGGGAUAAUCUCGGGAGUCAAAAUGGAUUUGCAUCAAACUACUCUGGUGGAUUGGAAAACUUUUCUGCUAGUCCUUUAUUCUCUUCAUACAAGAGUCCUGUUUCACGUCCACAAGUUUCUGCUCCUCCAGGAUUUUCUGUGCCCAGCAGGUUACCUCCUCCUGGCUUCUCUUCACAUGAAAGAGUGGGCCUGUCUUCAGAUACUGCACCAGGAACACGUUAUCCUGAUUCGACCUCCUUGUCGAGGAAUGCAUAUCCAGUUGGUAAUCCGAGUGGUGCAAGUGACAUUGAGUUUGCGGAUCCUGCAAUUCUAGCUGUUGGAAGAGGGAUGAUAAAUGCUGACUUGGAUAUGAGAUCAAGAUUCUCUUCACAAAUGAAUGCCUUUGAGAACGAAACAGGACUCCAAAUGUUGAGACAGCAACAAGCCAAUGGGUUUCAUCAUGAUCUCAGAAACUUGUCUCCUUCACUUACCGAUCCUUACGGAUUUAGUUCAAGGCUGAUGGACCACCAGACACAGGGAAGUGGCUUGUCUCAGUUCUCACAGCUCCCAAGACAGCAACCAUCUGCAAAUUCAGUCAUGUCUAAUGGUCACUGGGAUAAGUGGAGUGAAGGCCGAAGUGUGAGCUCUCUAGGCAUGGCCGAGCUUCUUAGAAAUGAACGGCUUGGAUUUAAUGGGAGCCUAUUCACCAACGGUUAUGAAGAACCGAAAUUCCGGAUUCCAAGUCCCGGAGAUGAGCCAAAGAUGUUGAUGUUUGGGUACCAUAUCCUGAAGAAUUCACAUGACGAGCUCACCCAGAUGCUACGCAAUGAACUCUUGGAGGUUACGGGACAGAUAUAUCUGAAAGUAGAAGCUAUGGAAAAAACUAAAAGUCUACUAAGUGAAUCAAUUGGAGAUCCUGAGAGUCUAAAUGAGGACACAAAUAUAUCCAGAAUCUCUGAAGGCAUGUCGAAAGAGGAUUCAAACUCUGGAUGUAUUGAGUAUAACUAUGUUGGAGAAACCAAAAUCCAGACAGAUACUGAAAAGGCAGUGCUCAGGUUACUGAUCAAGAACUCGGCUCUCAUGAAGAAGAGGAAGUUCAAGUUAUAAAGAUCUCUCCUGAUAUUGUAGCAUUUGUGACCAGAGAGGAAGAAUCAAGAGCUCCAAUACCCAUGAAUGUUUGGUUUCUCAGUUAGAGAUGAUAUGGAGCCUAAGGAGAUCAAUGUACUGAGCGAUGGCACUUUAACAUCAGAAAGCAAUGGAGUCCAUGGUUCUGUCUGAAAGCAGUACAUCAAGUUCUGUACAUGUACAUCAGAAGGCAAGGAUAAGACCAUACUAAUGGAUGCUAAACUUGAGAAGAACAAUGCAAGGAGUAGGACCAUUUGACUGCACAAAGUAUACCAACAGAGGUCUUCCUCCUGCUUUAGUCUGAGAACUAGGGUUCCUUUACCUCCACCAUUCUUUCCUUUUGUUUCUACCAUUUUUGUCACUACUAAGGAAGAUAUAUUUUUGUUGGACACCUCUUUCUUGGGUGCAAAUUGUUGAACACGCUCAACUUUCUUUUUUUGUUUCGUAAAAGAAAUAAAAAAUGUACAGAAAGUUUCGUUAUAUUCUGUCUUGUUUCGGGAAUUGGAUGAACGAACACAUGUUAGUAACAGUUUUUGGGGCGAAUACAAGUGAACAUGUUUAACUUUG